CAGCAGCCGCACUUUACAGAAGAGGACCCCGUUGACGAAGGGGACCGAGGACAGCUCGUCCAGCUCGAAGUCCACCUUGAACUUGAAUUUCUUCUUCUUCAUCAUCAUUAGAUCCAUGCACAGGCUCAGGUCCGUGGAGAAGAGGCCGCUGGCAUCACAGCCCCAUGAUGAGAGGAUCUUCCAGUAAAACGCUGUGCUGGGCAAUCUUAGCUAUUGUUGGCCUUAUCUACGGUGUUCUUUCUUUAUUUGUAUAUUUCGAGCCUCCAUCUCCUGUGUGUCCGACUAUGUCUACAGUAGCCGAUGAAAAAACGUAUGAAGCCACAGGGGCAAUUGAAAAGCCCAUCGUUCUGCUGUGGUUCUGGCCUCAUGGUGUGAUGUUUGAUUUUCAAAUCUGCUCAAGCUACUUCAACAUUGAUGGCUGCAUUCUGACUGAUAACAGGUCAUUGUACAGCCAAGCCGAGGGAGUCAUCAUCUUCCAAAAAGGCAUAAACUGGCAGUUGGAUAACCUGCCCAAGGAGCCACGUCCAUAUUUUCAGAAGUGGAUUUGGUACCAUGUGGAAUCUCCCACGAACACGCAGAAGAUACCAGGUCUGGAAAAUCUGUUCAACUUAACAUUGAGCUACAGAAGAGAUGCUGACAUCACAGUGAGGAAUGAGGUGACGAUCAAGCAAACAGAGACAAAGGAGGAAGUAGUUCUGCCCAAAAAGGACAAACUGGUUUGUUGGAUUGUCAGUAACAAUUACCCAGCUACUGGAACGUUUGUGAGAGAGAAAUAUUACACAGAACUGUCCCAACACAUAAAGGUUGAUGUCUUUGGUGCUUUUACGGGGCAGCGGUUGAAAUAUGAAGACUAUUACCCCACCCUUGCGAGUUGUAAGUUUUAUCUCUCAUUUGAGAACUCGCUCCACGUAGACUACAUAACAGAGAAGGUCAACGGGCCCCUUGUAGCAGGGACCGUCCCUGUAGUUCUGGGUCCACCAAGGGAAAACUACGAGCAGUUCCUUCCCAAUGGUUCCUUCAUUCACGUAAAUGAUUUCCCUGAUGCUAAAGGUCUGGCAGAGUUUCUGCAACGCCUGGACAAGGACCAUGAAGCAUACAUGAGUUACUUUGAGUGGAGAAAGUAUUAUGAAGUCACUGCUCAUCUUUUGUCAAUGAGAAAUGAAUUCAUUCAUCCUGUCUGCCUCGCCUGUGACCACAUCUCAAAGUACAAAGAAUACCAUGUUGUCAAUGAUCUUUAUGGUUGGUACUUUUCAUGAAAACUACAUUGAGAACAUCAUUUGACUGACUAUAAACUAGAACCUAUUCUUUGAAUUUGUGUGAUUGUUUUGACCCUUUAUAGAAUAAUGAUUUUUUUAAAUAAUCAAUAUAGUUCACAUGGUAACCGCUGAUAUUAUCAUCAUAUAUAUUUGUUAUGUAGAUCACUCUUAGCACAGAUGGGCCUUGGUGAGUACACUUUGCAGAGUAAAACUGGAGCUGAUGAAAAUAGUGCUGCAAAUGUUCUCUGUUCUGAGUCACUUUGAGUGAAACAACUAAGUAAAUAUUCAAAUAGAAAAAUAUGUUUUAUAUAUGUCAUUGGGGUCAUUUGGAUGAUUAUUUUAUUUAUGUUUGUUUUUGCUU